AUGGAACAUACAUCAGAUCAUCCAGUAGGAGAAACAUGUCCUGACUGUCUACCCAAAUCCGGUCCUUCUUCCCCUACUCGACCUUUGAAUACAACACAAGGAGAUAUCUCCCCUCCUGUGAUUUUAUGCCCCAGAGUGACGAUAGAAUUCUGUGAUCGAUGUCGAUGGGCUCCAAGAGCUACAUGGAUCCAAACUGAACUUUUCCUGACUUUCUCAACUCCAAUACUCAAAAGUAUCACGUUGAUCCCUCUCAAUUCUCCAGAGACGGGUGGAAGGUUUAGAGUGUGGUUGGAAUUGAACGGUGGGAUAGAGUUGGUAUGGGAUAGAAAGACCGAAGGUGGUUUUCCAGAGUUGAAAGUUCUCAAACAACGUAUGAGAGAUAUCAUCCAGCCUGGUGUAUCAUUAGGACAUUCCGAUGGGGUUCAUUCUACAGAUAAAUAA